AUGCCUCGCUUGGGGACUAUCGCUGUUCUUAUCAAUCAAAGCAGCGCAGGCAGAGUGACCAAUUCUGUCAACCAUGUGGAUCUCGAAUCUGGCCUGGAGCUCGAGGAGCAGAGUCAACGAUCAGUAACUGAGUACUAUUUGCCGGAAUUCUUUACUUCGGAAACCCCGUCCUCGGGAAUGAGAUACAGUCCUAUUCACAACUGGAUCGCUGAGCUGCCAUCAGCUGAACCAUACUUGGUCUGGGAUGUCGAUCAGUCCGAUUUUGACAGCUCUGAUUACAUCACCUCUGAUAGUUCUGAUUACAUUACCCUCAAGUGCGAAUCAACAAUAGGGAGCACCCAGGCGAAUUCUCAGAGUACAACGUCUUGA